AUGAUGUUUAGUGACCUGCUGUUGGGCAUUCUCUUCCUUAUUCAGAUGGGAAUUGGUAUCCUUGGGAAUUUCUUCCUUCUGGGUCUAUAUACUUCCUCUUUAUUCAAUGGGCACAAGCUGAGGCCCAAAGAAUGUAUUUUUAUCCACUUAGCCUUAGCCAACUCAAAAGUGCUUCUCUCCAAGGGAAUCCCUCAGACAAUUGUCUGUUUGGGCAUCAAAAAUUUCUUUGAUCAUUUUGAGUGUAAACUUAUCCUUUACCUUCAUAGUGUGGCUCGAAGUGUUUCCCUGAGUAUCACUUGCCUCUUGAGUGGUUUUCAGGUCAUCACUAUCAGUCCCCAUAACUCCAGGUGGGCAGAACUCAAAAUACAAGCCCCAAGGUGCACUGUCCCUUUCUCUUUCCUCUGCUGGUUCUUCCACCUGCUGAUAAAUUUUACUUUGUUUGGUACUAUGCAUAACUCAAGGUACAUUACUAAUCAUACAAAGACGUGGCAUUUGGGAUAUUGUUUAAUUACAGCUCCUGCCUCUUUUAAUGCUUCACUUUUUGCAAUUGUUUUUUCUAUUCCUGAUAUUAUGUGUGUAGCAUUCAUGAUCUGGUCCAGUGCCUACUUAGUGCUUCUCCUGCAUAGACACCACCAGCAAGUACAACAUAUUCACAGUUCUCAUCUUUCUCCCAGAACUUUUCCUGAGAAAAGAGCCACCCAGGCUAUUCUUCUACUCAUGAGCACAUAUGUAUUCUUUUAUUCUAUUAAUUCUAGCUUGUCAUUUUACCUCUUUAAGAAAGACAAAUAUCAGUAUUGGCUUGGGGCUAUGUCUGACCUCCUAGCGGCAUGGUUCCCAGCCAUCAGCCCUUUUGUGCUGAUCUGCUGUGACUCCCAACUCCUCAAAUAUUGGUACACUCUGUGGCAUAGGCAACAUUGCUGUCUUCUAUGCCAGCUGUCCUGA